GGGCGGAAAGACAAUAAAUUACGGUGAGGGGCAAGGCUGUCAUUUGAAGAAUUCAUUUGGUCCAUGCUAAUUGUCACAGCCGACCGAGCCUUUGCUGCUUUCUUCUCUCCCUCGCCGCGCCCUCUGCACUGUCGUCUCGCUCUCAGUAGAUUUCGGUUCGCGUUUCUCUCUACAGAUCGGCGAGGAGGCGUCGGCGCUGAAGACGUCGCUGGUGGAGGUAUAUUUUUCCCCAAAUCAGCCAGUUAUUGCGGAGUAUAUUUUUAGUCAGGUAUUGCGACAGAGGUGUGAGGAAUGGACGUAAAUGGCAGUACUCAUGUGGCAGUGUUGGCAUGCACUGCAUAAGACACGUGGUUUGGAGGUCGAUAAAUUUGAUUUGUUUGAUUCAGGUGUGGAUUUGGUAGGACGAUGUCGCACCAGGUUGUGAAAGUGAAGCGGGAUGCGGUGGCGCCAUGCAUGACAUGUCCGCUCUGCCACAAGCUCCUCCACGAUGCCACCACAGUAAUCGAAUGUCUUCAUACAUUUUGCAGGAAGUGCAUAUACAAGAAGCUAUCAUCAGAUGAGGAAGAGGACUGCUGUCCUAUAUGUAACAUUCACUUGGGCUGUGUUCCAUUGGAAAAGCUGAGGGCGGAUCAUAAAUGGCAAGAUGUGAGGUCAAAAAUAUUCCCUUCUAAGAGGAUAAAUGCGCGAGCCCCUGAAGUCGAGACUGCUAUCACAUUGCCUUCCAAGAGAAAGGAAAGAUCUCUCUCAUCCUUGGUGGUCAGCACUCCCCGAGUGUCAACCCAGAAUGGACUGACAGGAAGAAGAUCAAAGUCUACAACAAGAAAAGCGUCAAAGGGAACAAGGAUUACUAUGGAGAAACCUUCAAAGAGAGAAGAUUCCAUGGCUGAUCACCCUGAGAGCUCUGACUCACCAGAACCACCAAACAAACUUGCUCGGAAUGCGGGGCAGAGUUAUGGUCCUGGUGAACUGUCUGAACGCCCCAGUCCUAAUGGCGGAAAAGAGAAUGGAUAUGAGGCUAGGGAAGGCGACGUUGCACUCUGGAAACCUUUAAAUUGUUUAUUGGAGGCAGCAAAUAGGAGCAAGUAUUCAAAUUUUAGCAAUCAAGGGUCUGCUUCUAAAUCAGAAGCUCCUCAUGACAAUGUUGAAUCUUCCUAUAGAACCAAGAAUAAAGUACAUGGUCAGAGGUCGAAAGUUCCAGAUGAGAAGACCGGAAGCGAUAACACCCCCCCACCAUCAGAAAAGUUCCAUAGAACUCGUCCCAAGAAGCCACGAGAUUUUGGAGAAUUCAGGCUUCCACCCCAGGUCGUGCUUAAUGCUGCCAGUGCUAAAUUUGACCGUGCAAAUUAUCCUAUUUGGUUUUCAUUGAUCUCAGAUGAACGGAAUGGCGAUGUGCUCCCGUUGCCUCAAAUUGCUGCAAAUUUCGUAAGAAUAAAGGAUGGUAAUAUGCCAGUUUCCCUUAUCCAGAAAUACCUCAAGAUGAAGCUAGCUCUAAUCGGCGAAGAUGAGGUCGAAAUAAAAUGCAUGGGCCAGACUGUGAUCCCGACAUUGACGAUGAGGAAUCUAGUCGAUCUAUGGCUCCAAACAACCACGAGCGAUCGAGUUUCUGCUCAAGUUGGUUCUUCGGCCAAGGAAUUUGUAAUGGUUUUGGGCUAUGCUCGCCGAGUCGGCAAAAUGUGAUACCCGGUGGCACCUGUUGUUGGCGUUGUGUUGUGUUACAAAUGUUCGAUUUAACCGAACCUCCGAAACAAGUUUUGCUCAUUUCAUACAGGUCAGAACUUACCAAACAAUCGCCAAGAAGUUUCUACACACUUCUAGACGAUGCAUCUAUAUACUGCACUUGGAUCUUAAGUUUUAUCUUUUGGAUCUCAGAGUUAUUAUGCGUGUCAAUGCACAUUUCUUCAAAUCAAAUUAUGUUUGUUUGUUUUUCUUAUUGUUCGAUUUGAU